AGCCCAGUGCCUGUUGGGCUCAAUCCAAUCUCGUGAUUAUUUGCCGACUUCCUCUGUGGUCGAUUACAGUUGGUUUUCCGACCAAAACUCAACCAAUCUAGGGCGGUUCAAGGAUGGCGCCACCGGUAAGGGCCGUCGGCGCAGUUGUGUCGGCACUUUCCCUAGUAGCGGUACUUUCUUACGUAAUUGUAGCCAGCAAGCGGAGCCGUUCAAAAUCUUCGAGCGGGAAGUCUUCGGUGAGAAGUCCUAGAAGUGGACUCGUCGCUGCCAUUGGCAACACACCUCUAAUCAGGAUCAAUAGUCUCUCCGCCGCCACCGGCUGCGAAAUUCUUGGGAAAGCAGAGUUCUUGAAUCCUGGAGGGAGCGUGAAGGAUAGAGUGGCUGUCAAAAUCAUCGAAGAGGCACUGCAAUCAGGAGGUCUGUUUCCAGGGGGAGUAGUCACUGAAGGAAGUGCAGGAAGCACAGCUAUUAGCCUUGCCACAGUUGCUCCAGCUUAUGGAUGCCAAUGCCAUGUGGUUAUCCCUGAUGAUGCUGCCAUCGAGAAGUCUCAGAUUCUGGAAGCUCUUGGUGCCACUGUCGAAAGGGUUAGACCUGUUUCAAUCACUCACAAGGAUCACUUUGUAAAUAUUGCAAGAAGAAGGGCGAUGGAAGCGAAUGAACUGGCAACCAAGUGCCCGGCCGACUACAAGGGUGGUUUCUUUGCCGAUCAGUUUGAGAACCUUGCCAAUUUUAGGGCGCACUAUGAAGAUACUGGACCUGAGAUAUGGCAGCAAGUUGGUGGCAAAUUGGAUGCUUUUGUUGCAGCUGCUGGCACGGGUGGUACUGUAGCAGGGGUUUCCCGGUUUUUGAAGGAAAAGAAUUCAGCCGUCAAGUGCUUUCUAAUUGAUCCGCCUGGUUCUGGUUUGUUCAACAAGGUGACAAGAGGAGUCAUGUACACUAAAGAGGAGGCUGAGGGCCGAAGACUGAGAAAUCCAUUUGAUACCAUCACUGAAGGAAUUGGGAUAAAUAGAUUGACCGAGAACUUUAAAAUGGCUGUGCUUGAUGGGGCAUUCCGAGGCUCUGAUAAGGAUGCUGUUGAAAUGUCAAGGUACUUAAUGAAGAAUGACGGCCUCUUCAUUGGCAGCUCUUCGGCAAUGAACUGUGUUGGAGCUGUCAAAGUGGCUCAACAAUUGGGUCCAGGUCACACCAUCGUCACAAUUUUAUGCGACAGCGGGAUGAGGCACCUGAGUAAGUUCUACAACGCCGAGUACUUGACCCUGUACAACUUGACACCUUCAGCUGUUGGACUAGAGUUCCUUGGUUUCGACGCUGAUGGGAAGAUUGUAAACGGACCCCGCGAGGCAAACGGCAUACAUGGUUGACGCCCAUCAGCAGAUUUCGCCACUGACUACACAACCUGAACUUUUGAAAGAUCGAAUCACAAUGAUAAUUCAUCCUAUCAUUGGUUUCACUGGUUUACAUUGUUGGUGAAAUUGUCGAGGUUUCUUCUCGUUUCUUUCGAUCUCGUAUUUAAUCAUAGAAUCAGAAGGUGUUCAUCAGCAGAAUUCAUUACCAAAUAUUAGACACUUAGCGUUACAUAGUUCAACUUCAUUGUACAGUUUUGAUUAGAGAUUCAAUGCAUUAUUUCUUCUGAGACAAGUAUAUAGAAGCAAUUGCUCUUCUUGCUCCAA